CCCCCUAUAUAUCCAGUUAUCUGUUCGGAAAGGGUGUAUUGAGAAUUUAACUAGCUCAGGCGAACGCCCAGCCCAGCUGAUUUGUCCCUCUUGGAAUAGCACGUGCUCCCGACAACAGAUCUAUCUUCUCUUUUAUCCGCGGACGCACAAACAGCAUUAAGAAUAGUUUGAUUUUCAAGCUUUGGACGUAGAUCAUAUGUGUCUAAAUUACAAAAUUAAGUAGAAAAGAGAGAGAGAGGGAGAUUUUGUGGGUUUAUGUGUGUUGAUUGAGAAAGAUGGCCACAUUCAUGGCGGUGUUAGAGUCAGAUCUGAGGGCUCUCUCAGCGGAAGCUCGCCGUCGUUAUCCCGCCGUCAAAGACGCCGCUGAACACGCAAUCUUGAAGCUUAGAUCAUUAGCAAGCCCAAAUGAAAUUGCGCAGGAUGAGGAUAUAGUGAGAAUAUUUUUGAUGGCGUGUGAGGUCAAGAACGUGAAGUUGAGCGUGAUUGGACUGUCUUGUCUGCAAAAGCUCAUUUCUCACGAUGCUGUUGCUCCUUCAGCUUUGAACGAAAUCCUCUCCACUCUUAAAGAACACGGUGAAAUGGCGGAUGAGAGUGUUCAACUUAAGUCGCUGCAAACUAUACUUGUAAUAUUUCAGUCUCAUCUACGACCCGAUGAUGAGGAGAAUAUGGCUCAUGCUUUUGGUAUCUGUCUCCGGCUUCUUGAAAACAGUCGGUCAUCUGACAGUGUGCGGAAUACUGCUGCAGCAACCUUCAGGCAAGCAGUAGCACUGAUAUUUGAUCAAGUAGUCCAUGCAGAGUCAUUGCCUUCUGGCAAUUUUGGUUCUGGAAGAUACGUUUCUCGAACUAGUUCAUUUACUAGUGACAUGAAUCGCAAUGUGAAUUCCCUAGAGUCUUUAGAGCGAGAAAUUAUCUCUGGAGGUUCUUCAUUACGUAGGGAUACCCUUACCAAGUUUGGAAAGCUCGGGCUUUGCUUGCUUGAGGACUUGACAACUCUUGCUGCUGGUGGAUCUGCUAUCUGGUUGCGUGCUAAUUCCCCUCAACGAGCAUUUGCACUUGACAUACUUGAGUUCAUCUUAUCCAAUUAUGUCUUACUGUUUAGAACCUUGCUCCCUUAUGAACAGGUCCUGCGUCACCAAAUAUGUUCACUUCUCAUGACAUCAUUUCGUAUCAAUUCUGAGCUUGAAGAUGAGGCAGGAGAACCUUAUUUCCAUCGCCUCGUAUUGCGGUCUGUAGCCCAUGUAAUCAGGCUUUACAGUUCAUCACUUACCACCGAAUCUGAGGUAUUUCUGAGCAUGUUAGUGCGGGUUACCACUCUUGAUUUACCACUAUGGCAUCGCAUUCUUGUCCUUGAAAUCUUGAGGGGUUUCUGUAUGGAAGCACGCAUUAUGCGUAUUCUUUUUCAGAAUUUUGACAUGAAUCCCAGCAACACAAAUGUGGUUCAGGGUAUGGUAAAAGCCCUUGCUCGAGUGGUCCUCAGUGUGCAGUACCAAGAAACUGGCGAGGAGUGCCUUGCGGCUGUUGCUGGAAUGUUCAGCAGUAAGGCGAAAGGAAUUGAGUGGAGCUUAGAUAAUGAUGCGUCAAAUACAGCUGUCUUGGUUGCAAGUGAAGCUCAUACAGUAACUUUAGCAAUUGAGGGUCUGUUAGGAGUUGUUUUUACUGUGGCCACUUUGACUGACGAAGCAGUGGAUGAUGGCGAGAUUGAGUCUCCGAGAGGUGAUACUGGUCCACCCACAAUGUGUACUGGGAAGACUGGAAUGCUUUGUGUGGCGAUGGUUGAUUCAAUGUGGUUGAUCAUACUUGAUGCUUUAUCCAUGAUUUUGGCUAAGUCACAAGGGGAGGCUAUUAUAUUGGAGAUAUUAAAGGGUUACCAAGCGUUCACUCAGGCAUGUGGGGUUCUUCGUGCGGUGGAACCUCUAAAUUCCUUUCUUGCAUCGCUUUGCAAAUUCACAAUCAAUAUGCCCAGUGAAGUUGAGAAGAAGAGUGUGAUACUAUCUCCUGGUUCAAAAAGGACUGAUCAAUUAGUGGAGCAGAGAGAAAGCAUUGUCCUUACUCCAAAAAAUGUCCAGGCUUUGAGGACUCUCUUCAACAUAACUCAUAGAUUGCAUAAUGUAUUGGGCCCCUCGUGGGUUUUGGUUUUGGAAACUUUAGCUGCUCUUGACCGGGCAAUUCAUUCUCCACAUGCAACGACACAGGAGGUCUCCGUAGCUGUCCAAAAGCUUACAAGGGAUUCUUCUGGGCAGUACAGUGAUUUUCAUAUUCUCUCUUCGCUUAAUUCUCAGCUUUUCAAGAGCUCAGCACUGAUGCAUGUAUCGGCCGUUCGAUCACUUCUUUCUGCACUACGUCAGUUGUCACAUCAAUGUAUGGCUGCAACUUUAGGUGCUACUGGACAAGCAUCGAAUCGAAAUAUUGGAAGAAUUAGUUUUUCAGUGGAAAGAAUGCUCUCUAUCCUUGUCAAUAAUCUUCAUAGGAUUGAACCAUUAUGGGACGAAGUUGUUGGUCAUUUUCUUGAGCUGGCUGAUAGUUCUAACGAUAAUUUGUGGAAUAUUGGGCUUGAUGCAUUGGAUAAAUCCAUAUGUGCUGUUUUGGGUUCUGACCAGUUUCAGGAAUCUACAUCAUUGAAACUUGGUGAUGCAUCAACUAAUCAAACUGAUAUAUCAGACUUGAGGUCACUGGAAUGUGCUGUCAUCUCGCCAUUGAAAGUUCUUUACUCCUCAUCUGAAAGUAUUGAUCUUCGUGUUGGUUCUCUAAAGAUUCUUCUGCAUGUUUUAGAGAGACAUGGAGAGAAAUUGUGCUAUAGCUGGCCAAAUAUUCUUGAUAUGUUAAGGUCUGUAGCUCAUUCAUCAGAGAAGGAUCUCAUCACACUUGGGUUUCAGAGCCUUCGUGUCAUCAUGAAUGAUGGACUUGCCACCGUUCCUGCUGAAUGCCUCCAUGUAUGUAUUGAUGUUGCUGGAGCAUACAGUGCGCAGAAGACAGAGUUGAAUAUUAGUUUGACAGCUGUAGGCCUUUUGUGGACGUCUACAGAUUUUAUUGUGAAGGGGCUAAUGCAUGGAACUGAAGAUGCAGAAACAGAUGAAAGAAACAGCGAAAAGGGGGAAGAACAGACUCUUGAUUCGGAUAAUGAAGUUAAUAAUCAUACAUCUUUGUUGAAUAUUCUUGAUGGCGACAAAUUGUUGCUUUCCAUUUUUGCGCUGCUUCAAAAGUUGGUAGCUGAUGAGAGACCAGAGGUUAGGAACUCAGCAGUAAGGACACUCUUCCAAACUCUUGGAAUUCAUGGACAGAAGCUUUCGAAGAGCAUGUGGGAGGAUUGUCUUUGGAAUUAUGUCUUCCCUACAUUGGAUUGCGUGUCUCAUAUGGCUGCAACCUCAUCAAAAGAUGAAUGGCAAGGGAAAGAACUUGGAACUCGCAAAGGAAAAGCAGUUCAUAUGCUCAUACAUCAUAGUCGAAAUACUGCUCAGAAGCAAUGGAAUGAGACACUUGUCCUGGUACUGGGUGGAAUAGCCCGGAUUUUACGGUCUUUUUUCCCGUUUCUUAGAAGAUUAAACAACUUCCAGUCCGGAUGGGAGUCUUUGCUUAUAUUUGUCAAGAAUAGCAUUUCAAAUGGUAGUAAAGAGGUGGCGCUGGCAGCAAUAAAUUGCUUACAGUCCACUGUGGUUUCUCAGUCUCCAAGGGGACAUCUCCCAUCAGUGUACCUAAAGUCAGUACUUGAUGUCUACGAGAUCGUCCUUCAAAAAUCUCCGAACAGCAGUGCUGAUGCAACAAGCAAGGUGAAGCAAGAGAUUUUACAUGGUCUUGGAGAAUUAUAUGCGCAAGCACAAGGGAUGUUUGAUGAUGGCAUGUAUAAACAAUUGAUAUUGAUAAUCGAAUCAGCAAUCGCCGAGGCCAAGUUCACCAUUAACAACUUUGAAGCUGAAUAUGGACAUGUUCCACCUGUACAACGCACUAUACUGGAAAUUAUUCCACUGUUACGUCCAGCGGGACAUCUUAGUUCAAUGUGGUCUUUUCUCCUUGGGAUUUUAUUGCAUUAUCUUCCAUCAGCUGAUUCUUUGAUAGAUAACAAUGAAGACGAUUCCAAACAAGUCAGCACGAGUAGUCUAUUAGGCAAUUCAGCUGGUGUUGUCCCUUCAACAUUAGAAAAGAAUGAAGAAGAGUCGAACCAGAGCUCUGAAUUAGUAUCAGCUAAAAUGGCAAACAAUACAACGAAUCUGUUUUCUGAUAAGCUUCUACCCUUGCUAGUUGAUCUCUUUCUGCAAGCUCCUGCUGUGGAAAAAUAUGACAUUGUUCCUGAUAUCAUAGAAGGCCUGGGAAGGUGCAUGACAACAAGAAGAGACAAUCCUGACGGCACACUUUGGAGAGUAGCUGUUGAAGGCUUCAACCGCAUUCUAGUUGGUGAUGUCAGCAUCCUGAACCCAACCUCAAAAACAGAUCUACCAAUUAGCAGACCUUCGAGAAUACGUUUCUGGAAAGAACUGGCUGAUGUUUAUGAAUUAUUUCUAGUGGGGCAUUGUGGCCGUGCACUGCCUUCCAAUGCAAUCUCAGUGACUGCACUUCAGGCUGAUGAGUUUCUUGAGAUGAAAACCUUAGAAAUUCUGGGAGAUAAGAUCCUUGCAUCACAGAUUGAUGCACCUGUUGAUAUUCUACGAAGACUGAUUUCUGCCCUUGACCGAUGUGCAUCACGUACAUCUUCUUUGCCUAUUGAAACAGUUGAACUUAUGCCUUCUCACUGCAGCAGAUUCUCUUUGACUUGCUUGCAGAAGUUAUUUUCCUUGAGCAGCUAUGGAACAAGUGAUGAGAAUUUGACUAUAUCUGAAGUUAGUAAAAUUUCAAUUAUGAUACUGAUGUCCAGAUGUGAAUUCAUCUUGAAAAAGUUUAUGGUAGAUGAGAAGGACUUGGGAGAACAUCCAUUACCUCCAACAAGGGUUGAAGAAGUCAUAUUUGUACUCCAAGAGCUUGCCCGUCUUGUCAUCAAUUUAGACACGGCAUCGGUUCUUCCUUUGCAUCCUUGCUUGAAGGGAGGCCUCUUGGAAGAGAAUCUUGGAACACACGCACAUCUGCUGUUUCUACUUCCAUCCUUCUGUGAACUUGUUAUAUCAAGGGAAGCUAAAGUUAGAGAACUGGUGCUAGUAUUACUUAGACUAAUCACAACGGAGUUGGGUUUGCAGAGACAUGAUUUGGCGAGCUAAUGCAUUGGUUUGUCGAAAACAGGUAUUAGCGGAGGAAAUUUGAAUUUUUUUAUAGAUGAAGAAUUUUGUUUCCUUCUUCCUGUAUUAAAUUUCUACAUGAAUGAGUCCCGGUGUGGAGAUGGUUUCAUUUCGCUGUCUCGAAGCAAAUGUAUACCAAAGAGAAUUAAUUCAUCCUGUAAAAAUGUUGAAAAUUAUCUUUUGAUUAAUUUGUAAAUUGAAAAAUGAAAAUGGUAGCACUUUUGCAUGGUUCUCGAACGUUGUAUGCAAGAGAGAAUUUACUAUUCAGUAUUAAGAAUGACAUGACAUGACAUGACA